AUGAAUAUUUUAGCAGCUGAUGCUGAGGCCACUGAGGCAGGCGCUGAGGCCGUGAGGCUGAACACGGAAGGUGUGGCGGCCGCUGAGGCGGGCCAGUGGGAGGAGGCUGAGGCGCGCCUCAGUGAGGCAGUGCGCCUCGCGCCUCACUGGGCCGCGCCUCUCAACAACAGGGCCCAGCUGUACCGCCUGCUGCAUGACCCACUUAACCCUCUUGACCCACUUAACCCUACUGACCCAGCAGAAGCGCUGCAGGACCUGGAGGCAGCUGUGCAGCUGUGCACCACAGACGGGCCGGUGAAGAGACAGGCGUGCGUACAGCUCGGGCUUCUGCACCGUCUGCACGGCAGACACGAGGCUGCGCACAGCUGCUUCUGCACCGCUGCACAGCUCGGCUCUGCCUUCGCCAAGACACAGGUGGCGGCGCUGAACCCCAUGGCUGCUCUGUGCAACAAGAUGCUCGUCAAGAUGAUGGCCGACGUGAGGGCUGGACGUGCUGAACACGACGAUGAAUAGUUCUGUGCUGCUGACGGAACAUGGGGGUGGAAGCCGAUGCGUGAGAUGAGCACGUCGCACAAUAGAGCGAUAACACCCGGCAACAGCACACAAAUAUACAAAUAUAAACGGAAAUUAUGAUCAUUAUUGCAUGAUUCUUUUAUUGAAUAAAUUUUAUAAUUGAGUACCCUGGAUGUUUCAACAUUCCCUUCGGAUUUCGAUUUUUCCCACCACUAUCGUGUCUCAUAGAAUAAGGGUAAAUUACCAUUUUUUAUUUAAAUAAAUUCCCGGUACCAUGUUUUACUUCUUAUCAGUCCUUUGCUGUCCGUUAAUUUAACAGACCUCUUCUCGUAUUAGGUUAACGGGCCUGAUUUUGCAUCAGUUUAAUAGACCUGUUCUCGUAUCAGUUCAACAGACCUUUUUUCCUAUCAGUUUAGCAGACCUGUCCUCGCACCAAUUCAACAGAGCUGUUUUUGUGACGUCGUUCGUCACUCGUCAGAUUAAACGCACUAAGUUUUCCUAUCCUCAUCUAUUCUUUCUUAAAAUCUUCACUCAUCUCGGCGUUCACUUCACAAGUGCGUGGAAAAUAUCGCAAAGAUCGACGAAAUAACCACCCCGUGAACGCAGCGACCCCUCAAACGGUUCCCGCGUUCCUAGCAGCGUCAGUGCCUCACCCUCACCAGUGGGCGUCUAGAGCUCGAGAGAGUAGUGUGUGGCUCCGCGAGCCCUCCCGGUGUAGAAAAUUUGCGCGGGAGACUACUUUGUUCCCAGCGUCGUCUGCACGUCAUCCCUGCAGACUUGUGAUACAUUUCAUCUCUUUUAAUGUGAAGCAUUUUAGGUAACUUUAAGAUAUUGUCAUCUUAACUUAACCUCCAACCUCAUGAUUUCAGGUACCGUAAUCGUAGGCGAAGUCCAACCACAGCCGUUGGCACUAUAGAACAGUAAGCAAG